CAGCCUCAUCACAAUAAGGUAUCCAACACGUUUCUGAGAGAUUUCUACCCCUCAACUCGUUCAGUUUUCCCAAUGCAAAUUGUUUGGUGGCCUACGUAAAUGUCAGAAAAAAGAGGUUAUAACUACAACACCUUUUAGGUUCGGGCACACAAAACCGUAACCACUGCCUCAGAAGAAGACGCUUAUAAUGUAAUGCGGUGCAAAGUGCAAGUUCUGCUCGCAGUUCAGCGCUUUAUCCCACUUGUCAAGUUAACAGCCUACUUGCAGUGUUUAAAUAAUGUUAUUUACUUAGGCUACAUUUAAACUGACAUCGCUAUAGUAGCCUAUGAAAUGUACAGAAAUAUGCAUUUUGAUAAACAUCCAACCAUUUGCAGUUUUUUUUGUUUUCUCCAUUUUUGACGAAUCAUUCGUCACAGCCGCGUAAAACGUUGUUGUGGUUGAAUUUGAAAUGAACCCAUUACCUGACGAGUUAACACGACUGAAAUAUUUGAAUAUCCGUGAGCUAUCCCCGCCGUCCACACACACAAACAAAACACCACAUGUGCAAGCAUAGUGUUACUUUUGCGAGGCAUUUCGUCUGGUUAUGGCUUCGAAAAUAGGAAGUUGUUCGGUGAUGCUGAAUAUUGAAACAUUGUUGCCUGGCCUAGACUAGACUAGUCAGACAUAGUGAGCUGCACAGUGCGAACAUGGCUCUCAGUCUAAUGAACUUGUAAUUAUUAUUCUGUACUAUUGGGAGUGAAAAUCCGUAAGAUUUAGUGAGAACAGUGAUAUUCAGUUUCACGUACGUGAUAAAACGUCAGACUUGAAUGACCGGAAACAUUGUGGUCAAUCUGCAAUGAACCCUGAUCCCAAAUCAGGCAAAGCAGUCAGCAAAAGUUGAAACACACUCCCACAAGCCAUUGCGUUAUCAUGGCGUCUCGAAACUGAAUGUAGGCGAAGUAGCCUAAUCUAAAGCUCAAAACUUGUUUUCAGGUGAAUUCGAAAGCAAAACAAAAAAGACAAUAAGCGCAACCAAGUAAGCGGAAGGUCUCGACAAUCAAAACUUCACAGAGAGUUAAUAUGGCUUCCCGAAUGGACGAUGUUAUGCGUCUAUGCUGUAAUCUAUCGGCAAAUCAGCAGAUAAAAGUUGCAGUGAAGAAUUCGGGGAUAGGUGCUGCCGUUGCUGGGGGGACUGCAUUCAUUGGAGGACUACUAGCAGGCCCCCCAGGACUUGCUGCAGGAGGUGCUGUGGGGGGUCUCCUUGGUUGCUGGAUGACCAGCGGGCAGUUUAAGCCACUGCCACAGAUCAUUUUGGAGCUGCCAUCUCACCAGCAGCAGAAACUCUACUCUGACAUCAUGUCGGCGCUCGGCACAUUGGACUGGACAGACCUAGCACAGCUGACAGCUCUGGUCAUGGGUAACGCCACACUCCAGCAGCAGGUGGUUGCAACGCUGCUCAGCUACGUCACGAAGGAGCUGAGAGCUGAGGUGCGAUAUGGAGAUUGACCAGCAGGGGACAGCACAGGCAGAGAUGAACUGACAUACUUACCAGACAAAAUGUGACAAUGAUCUCACAGAACAGUUUAAGAUUGCUUAUACGAAAGGGAAAAGAAUGCAGAUAUUUGUAGUGGUUUUUCCCCCCACCAAAAUGCCUUAUCUGAUGAUCUCUUCCACAUAUCCAUGUUCAUAAAUCACCGUGUCCCAUAAAGUGCAUGGAACAGUCAUGUUGGAAACUAAGGAACAGGGUUUGUCUCCUUGGAAAGUGUCAUAAGAGCACUGGUAUAAACUGUUAGCUUCAUAGUGUCAUGAUGUGAUUUUUAAGGUCCCAUAGGGAUUGUAUGAAACAUUUUUUAAUUCUAAACCAGUGCCUCACACUUCACCAACACCACGUGUGUAGUACCCAACAUACAUUAAAGGUUAAAGGGAAACUUUGGGAUUUUUCAACCUGGGCCCUAUUUUUAGAUCUUUUUGGGUCCAAAGUACUUUUACUCAGGACAAUUAAGGAUCAAAAUCGGUCCAGUAUUGAGUUCGAACGCUAUAACCGGCAACCGCAAAACAGCUAUAGAAUGUAAUCCAAUAGGGCAAGCAUCUGCGUCAAAGUAAACUGCUUGUUUUUGCCACUGACAGGCUCAUAAUGUUGUUAUAAGUGUCUGGCAACAUUGAGAGGAUUCCUACAGAGAUUCACCUGUGUCUGUUUACCUCAAUAAUUGUUAAAAAAAAAAAACGGUAGAAAUGACUGUUUCUACCUACAGUUUCUAUUGACUGUAUAAACUAUUUCUUUACAGUUAAUGAGAAAACAGACAGGUUUAACUCUGUAGGGAAACUUUCCAUGUAGUCAGACCUGUAUAAUUACAUUAUGAGCAUGUCAGCGGCAGGAAAAAGCAGUUUACUUUGACUCGGAUGCAUGCCCCGUGGCUAUAGCCGUUAUGUGGUUUAAGGUGAUAGCGUUCUAACUAAAUACUGGACUGAUUUAGAUCGUUUUUAUCCGUAGUAAAAAGUUUGGCCCAAAACAUUUUUUGUCUUACUACCCUAAUAUCAAAAGGUCAGUGGACCACAGUCAGCCCGCUGGGGGCAGAGCUUGCAGUCCGCUGGCCUUCUUCUCAUUGGUUUCCGGGUGGUCCACUGGUGAUUAACAGACAAACAGCCCACCGUUUUGCCACUCACUUUCAAAAUGUUUUUUUCUUUACUCAUUUAUACUUCUUCAGUCACUUUCACCAGCCCUACACAUUUUUAUAGAUGUUGCAAGUGCUUAACUUGAGUCUUUAAUUGACCAUGUCAUUUUUCAUCUUCAGAGCCUUCUAGUACCAAAAACGUCUUCUGUUCAACAGUUGAUAUUUUAAAUGGACUAUACCAAGGGUAUGAUUUAGACAUUCCAGGAGCCCCCACAUUUUAUGAUCUUUUCUUAAUAUCCUCCUCCAGUUGCACUAAAGAUGAUGGUGGUCCGAGAGCGGACCAGACGUGACACACCCCAACAGGGUGCCGACCAAAACACACCAGUGGCCGAGACAUGCUUGCUAUCUGGGUUGUUAGAUUGAAAGGAUUGGAAAUGGGUUUGGGAUUUUACAUGUUGCCGAUUGAAGUAGGUUAUACAUUUGGUGUUGUGUAUUAAAUUUCAUAUCUGAGAAGAAA